AUGAGUGAAAUAGACCCAUUCCAUUUGCAAAUUGUAUCAAAGUACUUGACUACCAUUAACGACUUUAUUUCACUUGAAAUUGUAUGUAAGAAGUAUAAAGGUAAUAUGGAAAAGUUUCAUAAUAACCCAAUUCCAGUAGAUAAGAAAACCAUCAAGUACUUUCCCAAUAUCGAGACACUCAAUUUGUGGAGUAAAACAGACGAGCGUUUUGGUAAUGAUAUUUAUAACAAUAAAAAAGACGCACAGAACAAAGUCGACUUCUUUCAAAUCAGUGUGUGGUUUGAGGUGGAAUACAACACUGUACGUUCAUCCAAAGACUCAAACAUUCGAUUCCAUAACGUCACAUACGCUCAGAAAAAUAGGAAGAGAUUUGGUAACAAGAUCCCAGACUGUGUCACAAAAUUGGGUGAAGAAUGCUUUUCAAAAGAUGGAAAUUUUAAAAUCCAUACAGUGACCCUUCCUCCUCAUUUGAAAGAAAUAGGUGGGCGUUGUUUUUACGAUCAAUCAUUGGAGUCAAUUGACCUCCCACCUUCACUAACUAAAAUUGAUGGUGAUUACUGCUUUUAUCAAUGCUUCAAUCUCACCUCCAUCAAGCUUCCAGACUCUCUUUCUGUAUUGGGCAACUACUGUUUCAUUGCGUGCUCAAAUUUAAAAAGUGUUACAAUGCCAUCACACCUCAAGAGAAUUGGGUAUUAUUGUUUUGAAUACUGUUAUUCAUUGCAAUCAAUAGAAGUCCCCGACUGUGAUGAAUUGGAUGUAUACGCCUUUGAAAAAUGCAAAAGUCUGACAUCUGCGUCGCUCGGUGGUUCUUUCAGUAAAAUAGAAGAUAAUGUUUUUGCGAAGUGUAGUUCCCUUGUCUCCAUUAACUUCCCAACUAGUAUCUUAGCCUUUGGGGCGUUUUGUUUUACUGGAUGUCAAAUGGAAUCGAUAGUACUCCCAUCUAAUUUGAAAGAAGUUUCGUGUGGCUGUUUUUAUCAAUGUUCUUCUCUUAAAAGUGUUAUUCUUCCAACCACCGUCAGUUCAAUAGGAGAAUACGCAUUUUCUGAAUGCGUGAAUUUGAAAACGUUGCUCCUCCCCAGUAGUGUAAAGGAAUUAAAAGAACAAUGUUUUGAUGGGUGCACACAACUUGACAUCAUCGUCCCGAGCACAGUCACAUUUAUUGAAGAAAAAUGUUUUCAAAAUUGCAAGAGUGUUGUUUACCAACACGUCGAAUAA